GGAAAAGGGGUGUCUGAGCAGGCUGGGGCGCCAGCUGCAGUAGGGCACAGCAGGGGCGCUUUCGUCAUGUCUUAUUCGGAUCCCUGCUGCUUUCCAAGGAGCAGGGAGCAGGCGGGCGAAGGCAUCCGCAGGAGUGAAGGAUGAGCCAGGGACACCGGGCGGGCGCACCGGAGCUGCAGAGUGCCGAGCUGCACGCGCCUUGCGCGCGCUCCCCUGGCUGCAGCUGCUGCCUCAGACGCCCUGGACACUGGGCCACGGCGCCCAGCGCGGACCAAGGAGCCCAGGACAGGCGCUGCAGAGCAGCGGGGCGGCGCCGGAGAGGCCAGCUCCCGGGGGAACCCGGGCAGCGUCUCACCCUGCUCGCCUCUCGGGGAAGGAGACGCGGCGGAGCCUGGGCAGACUGUGCCUGCAGCUGGCGCUGGGACUCGGCUGGGCUGGAGCUCUGUCUCAGGUCCCAGCGUAGCCGGGCUGAGCAGAGCCCUGGGGUUCUACCUCUUCGGUGGCCGCAGGGGAGGCAGACCCAAGUCCCGGCCACCCUUCCUGGACAAGAGAAAACUCUGUCGGGGGAAACUUGGAUUUGCCUUUGACAUUCAUCUCCUGCAGCCCAGGCAGACUUGCAGUGUGCACUGGGGGUUCAUCUUGCACUUGGUGUUUUGAGAAAAACUGCAAAGAAAGGGUGGCAAGAGGAAGAAGCACUGUAAACUUUAGGGACAGGGACAUUUUCUUGGCGGUGACAGUCUCAAAUCUACAGUUCUUGGGUCAGAGACAAAGUCCUCUGCUCAGACACACUGAGGUCUGGACACCGCUGCACCACUAAGGACCCCAAAGACCAUGGAAUCUACACUGGCGGCAUCCAGUUCUGGCCCGGGUCCUGUCACCUUCUCCCAUGUCUUCGGGCAGCAGUGCCAGCUCAUGGAAGCAGCUGUACAGUCUUUGCAUACCCUGAAUGACCAGAUUUCCCACUUUAUUGUCACCAAGUCGAAGGCACUGGAGGAAGACAAGGACCCCUUUCUACCGACCGAGAAAGAGACUCUGAAGAGCUCCAUGAUUUUGAUGAGGCACCUUUUAAUGGAUGCUCAGGCCAAAAUCCUGAGCAUGAUGGAAGACAAUAAGCAGCUCGCGCUCCGCAUCGAUGGGGCGGUCCAGUCGGCCAGCCAGGAGGUGACCAACCUGCGAGCCGAACUCACGGCCACCAACCGGAGACUGGCGGAACUGAGCGGCGGCGGCCCCGGCCCGGGCCCGGGAGCGGCGGCCAGCGCCUCGGCGGCGGCGGCGGCGACAGCAGCGGCGGAGAACAUGGAGAACCACCAGCAGCCAGGCGCGCAAGUGCUCCUGCGCGAAGAGGUGUCCCGGCUCCAGGAGGAAGUGCACCUUCUGCGGCAGAUGAAGGAGAUGCUGGCCAAGGACCUGGAGGAGUCCCAGGGCGGCAAGGCCUCCGAGGUCCUCUCAGCCACCGAGCUCAGGGUGCAGCUGGUGCAGAAGGAGCAGGAGCUGGCCAGAGCCAAAGAGGCCUUGCAAGCCAUGAAGGCCGACCGGAAGCGCUUGAAGGGCGAGAAGACGGACCUGGUGAGCCAGAUGCAGCAGCUGUACGCCACGCUGGAGAGCCGCGAGGAGCAGCUGCGGGACUUCAUCCGCAGCUAUGAGCAGCACCGCAAGGAAAGCGAGGAUGCGGUCAAGGCUCUGGCCAAGGAGAAGGACCUGCUGGAGCGGGAGAAGUGGGAGCUGCGACGCCAGGCCAAGGAGGCCACGGACCACGCGGCAGCCCUGCGCUCCCAGCUGGACCUCAAGGACAACCGCAUGAAGGAGCUGGAGGCCGAGCUGGCCAUGGCCAAGCAGUCCCUAGCCACAUUGACCAAGGAUGUCCCCAAGCGGCAUUCACUUGCCAUGCCAGGCGAGACGGUGCUCAACGGCAACCAGGAGUGGGUGGUGCAGGCGGACCUCCCGCUGACGGCAGCCAUCCGGCAGAGUCAGCAGACCCUCUACCACUCCCACCCUCCCCACCCUGCAGACCGGCAAGCGGUCAGGGUGAGCCCCUGCCACUCCCGGCAGCCCUCUGUCAUCUCCGACGCGUCUGUGGCUGAAGGCGACCGGUCAUCCACACCGAGCGACAUCAACUCCCCGCGACACCGGACGCACUCCCUCUGCAACGGCGACAGUCCCGGCCCGGUUCAGAAGAACCUGCACAACCCUAUUGUACAGUCACUAGAGGAUCUUGAAGACCAAAAACGGAAAAAGAAGAAGGAGAAGAUGGGAUUCGGCUCCAUCUCCCGCGUCUUUGCCAGGGGGAAGCAGCGGAAGUCCCUCGACCCCGGCCUCUUUGAUGACUCGGACAGCCAGUGCAGCCCCACGAGGCACAGCCUCAGCCUGUCGGAGGGCGAGGAGCAGAUGGACCGGCUGCAGCACGUGGAGCUGGUCAGGACCACACCCAUGUCCCACUGGAAGGCUGGCACCGUCCAGGCCUGGCUGGAGGUGGUCAUGGCCAUGCCCAUGUACGUCAAGGCCUGUGCGGAGAACGUGAAGAGCGGGAAGGUGUUGCUGAGCCUGAGCGAUGAGGACCUGGAGCUGGGCCUGGGUGUGUGCAGCUCCCUGCACCGACGCAAGCUCCGCCUGGCCAUUGAGGAUUAUCGAGACGCGGAGGCAGGCAGGAGCCUGUCCAAAGCUGCCGAGCUGGACCAUCACUGGGUGGCCAAGGCCUGGCUGAACGACAUCGGCCUGUCACAGUACUCCCAGGCCUUCCACAACCACCUGGUGGACGGGCGGGUGCUGAACUCCCUGAUGAAGCGGGACCUGGAGAAGCACCUGAAUGUGUCCAAGAAGUUCCACCAGGUCAGCAUCCUGCUGGGCAUCGAGCUGCUCUACCAAGUGAACUUCAGCAGAGAGGCUCUCCAGGAGCGCCGGGCCCGCUGCGAGACACAGAACACAGAUCCCGUGGUCUGGACCAACCAGCGGGUGCUCAAGUGGGUGCGUGACAUCGACCUGAAGGAGUACGCAGACAACCUGACCAACAGCGGCGUGCACGGCGCGGUGCUGGUGCUGGAACCCACGUUCAACGCAGAGGCCAUGGCCACCGCCCUGGGCAUCCCCAGCGGGAAGCACAUCUUGCGCAGGCACCUGGCAGAGGAGAUGAGUGCCAUCUUCCACCCGGCCAGCUCCAUAGGCACCCGGGAGGCUGAGCGCUUCGGGAGUCCUCCCCGCAGGGCCUCCAGCGUCACCCGAGCAGGGAAGGAGGAGAACAGUGGCGGCCUCAAGUACAAGGCUGGCCGGCUGCCCUUGGGGAAGAUAGGACGAGGGUUCAGCGGCAAAGACCUCGACUUCCAUGACGACUACGGCUCUCUUCAAAACGAAGACUGCGGAGACGAUGACGCCCAGGGCAGGCCGGAACAGUGUGGCCUGGAAGGCUGCAAUGGCCUGGAGGUCACCAACGUGUGAUGGACCCACAGCUCCACCAGACUGGACAUGGAGAGGCCCCAGUGCGGUCCCCAUGUACACAGCGACCUCAGGCCGAGGCUGAGCCUGCUGGGACAGAGACCAGCUGCCCAACUCGGGCAGGCAGUGGACUCUCACUCGGCGAGGAUGUGUCACAGGGUGUGAGGCUCCUCCGGGGCUGUCACAGAGCUGCCAGGUUGGAAAGGGGCCCACAGGUCCCCAACGCCCCUCACUGGAACAGGAGCAGCGGGACUCCGAGCAGCCUAUGCCCAGCGGAAAACUCCGCAGCAGGCAGGGACAGCGGGUGGCACGGGUGACAUCUGGCUGGGAUGGCAGCCCCUGGGGGCUUGGCUGCAGUCUCCUUGGCCUCCCUUCCGGGAUGUGGGCUCUGACGGGGUCAGGGCCUCCCCCUAAGGUGAAGCUGAUGGAAGCCGGUCCUUCGGGUCCCACGGAGAUGGACGAGUGGAGGCGGUUUGCCACUCUCACUGCAGGGGACAGGUGACAGAUGGCACCAGGUCGGGCAUGGCAGCAGCUUCCCAAUCUUGUUGUUGGGAGGAAAGCCAUUGUGUCCACAGGGGCCAGGCAGCUGAGUUUAGCCAGCGACCACUGCCCCAAGUGUGGGGAUGAGUUUGGCAUCUGGGACGAGGGCACACUCACCAUUGCUCACAGACCUUUGCUACCAUGUCCCUGUCACUAUGAGGUUUAGGUCCCGUGGCAAGAACCUGGAGCCUUUUUUUUUUUUUUUUUUUUUUUGCCAUAUAGCUGUUCUGCUGUGUGGCUUUCCCCCCAGGGCCUCCCCUCUCUGUGCCUCUAUACUACUGGCUCCCUCCCAGGCCACUGUGAGGAUUAACACUUGCUAACCUCUGUAACCCACUUCAGACUUCUCUUCCUGGGGUAGUGGGGCGUGACAGGGCAGGGAUGGAGCGUGUGACACUUCCCACCACAGCACAGCACAGCACUGGGCCUGGCCUGGUGUCACCAAUCCUGCAAAGGGAGAGGGAGGCAGGGGUGAUGUCCGGACUCUCCUGACCCAUGUAGCCUGAGCUGGCUGGCAUCCUGUCUUUGUCGAGUGACAAUCAGGACAGGAGACAGGGUCUGCACACACGGGUCCCCAGGCAGGUCCUUGGUCAGAGCCGUGACACUUCACCUCCUCUGAGGCCAUCUUCCCAGGACCUGAAGGAAGACUGCAGAGAGCCCAUCUCCCACAGGAGGAGAGGAGCCCUGGUGACCUUGAACUUGAUCCAUGACCUUGACCCAUGCAGAGACCGAUGUCAUUCCCUGCCAACCUUCAGCAAAGCACAACUUCCUCACUAUCAGAAACCAGCACCCCGCUGGUGGAUAGAGAGCUGGCCUCCCAUCCUACGUGUGGCCUCCUGGGGACACCAGGGCUGGAGGGGUGGAUCUGGUACUCAAUCUGGCUCUGAUGAGGCUCCAAGCCCUGGGCGGCUUCCUGGAGUGGCAAGGGUCACGGUCCAGAGAGGACAGCAGGUUUCUCUCUCUCAUCUGGUGCCACUGUCACUCCUGUGCCACAUCCAUCAGGUGACCUGGGACCCAGAGCCCAUAAAGGGGGCAAAGACAGGGAGCCCAGGUGGCGGUGACAUCUGUGGGGCUGGCUAGGAGGGCAGAGAGGAGACUGACUGAAGAACUCAGGCUUUGAAAUCAAUGUUCAGUGACACACUCAGAAACCAUGCUGGCAUUUGUCCAGGAUGUGAUCCUGUUGGGGACAAGAUGGACAAGUGGACCUCUGGGUAGGGGGUCUCUGAGGAUGAUGGCAUUGUCCACAACACUUGAAGCAGGAAGCCAGCAGGCCUGGAGCAACACAGGUAACCUCAAAUGCAUCAGGGGUCCCAGUGAUGACAUCACAGCACCCUCUGGGGCACCCUCAGGGACAGGCAAUGAGUGUCUGGAGCUCCAUGUGGCCACAGGGACAGGCUGCUUGGUAAAUGAUGAUCGGGUGAGCUUGGUUAAUCCUCCCUCAGCUCUGCUCCAUGGCGGGCAGCAGGAGCAGGGGCUGGAGACAGACAAACUCUCAGUAGCUAGUUGACAAGGCAUGCGAGGCAGUGACGCAGCUCAAGGACCUGCCAGGUCCCAGCCAGGCUGAGGCCGGGUUCCUAAAGGGUGGUGAGGCCUCCAGACUUGGGCCCUCAGGUGUGCUGCUCUGGAAACCACUUUCCUAUGCCCUGGAAGGGAGCACUGGGCCAAGAGCGGAAUCCCACAUUCCUGUUGGAAACAGGGCGCACAGCUUCACUUCUGACCCGAUGCCUCUGAGAGGCCCUGUGUUGGGGCUGGGCAGGGCCUGUCCCCUCCAGAUCUGCCAUCAGACCUUGGCUGUGGGAUAGGAGACACCACACAGGACUCCGGACCAGAUGAAAUAAAUACAGGGGGUUGGAGAGAAGCAGGAUCGGGUCGCCACACAGGUUUGGGACUCGGCUGGUGCGAUUUCAGCACACACUGUGAUGGUCCCCAGAGCCCUCCCCAGCCCUGGUCAGGUCACCUGGGGGGAACAGCGCUCCAGCCCAUUCCCACAAAGCUGCCGUGUGCUCUGGGCCAUGAUGCCCAUGUUUUGGGCUUCAUUAAGCUGUUCUCCAGGAAUGGCAAAGAAAAGAAACCCCAGGGGCAGGAAAAUUUCUGGACCCAGCACUAUGACCUGCAGUGAAGGGAUGGCCCAAGCCCUGAUGGCUGCAAAGGAAAUAAGAUGUCUGUGAACAGAGACGAGGUAGGCAGCAGUGGCCCCAAAAGUGCCCCCACAGAAUGUUAACACUGUAAUAAUAAAUACUACGUGCAGCGCUGUUGGCA